AUGGACGUUACUUGCACCGCACGACGAAAGUCAACAACUGAGAGUGUCUCGACGGGGAGGCGUCGCCGUAUCAGACCGUCUCGGGCCCGUGGCUUGAGAACCAGGACAGGAUGCCUCACUUGCAGGGAGAGACGCGUGAAGUGUGACGAUGGUAAGCCCACGUGCAUGCGGUGUUCCAAGUCAGAUCGAAUCUGUCGAUAUGCCCCGGUCGCUCCUGAGCGACAUGCAACCGGAGACGGAGCUGGAGCCGAGUAUGUUCCUCCAAGGGUGCAACCAGACUCAAGGGAGGAUAGGGCUCCGGAAGUACUACAGAGCUCCCGGGAGCAGCUGCCAAGUGUUAGUACAGCGGCAUACUAUCAUCAGGCUACCUGCUCAGCCCCUACUGAGAACCCUAACGGCUCGAAUGAAACCAAUGACCAAGGAUUGUCCGGCCUUGAAUCGGGCUUUUCGACUUCUCCACUUUCGCUUAGCCAGAUCUCCCUGCUCAACAUCUCCCCUUUCGAGUGGUACGAUCUGUUAGCACGGGAUGCCAUUAGCAACAUUCAACGGCUGAACGAUGCUUCAACGGGCGACCCACGAUGGAAGUUUCCAGAGAUUGCCCUCUCUCGUAGACAGUCGCCAGCCCCUGAACGUCCUGAGACCCACCCCGAGCAAUCCAACAGGUACUCUGAGCAGCAACAGCAGCAUCAACAGGAGGAGGAGGAAGAGGUUGCUGCGCUGGAACACGGAGACGACAGAAUCGAAGCCCCUUUACUAAAUCAACACCAUGUACCCGAUCCUUGGAACACAACGGGUAGGAUAGAAUUAUCGGCAGUCGACGUCAGGUUCUUUCGAUACUACAUCGAAGUUGUUGGGCCAAUCCUAGAUUUGUUUGAUCCCGCUCGGCAUUUCAGCAAUGUCGUGCCCCAUCUCGCCCUACGAAACACAGGGCUCUUGAAGUCGAUACUCGCAGUUGGAGCCAAGCACAUGUCUCUCGGCCUCAUGCAUAUGCCUGGUGAAGAUGUGCCAGGCGAUUAUGCGGCUUCACACGCGAGUGCUCCAGCUUCCCUAUCAACAGCGACUGGCCCGUCGUCAGAAGUAGACGGUGCUCCAGCACACAUGGCUACACAGUAUUACUAUGAAACACUCCAAUAUCUCUCACAGACACUACUCUAUCCCUCCUAUGCGGAUUCGCAUGAGAUAUUGGCAACAGCCACCAUGAUCAGCACGUACGAGAUGUUCGACGCCGACAGCGCCACGACCAGCGGUGACUGGGAGAAACACCUGCGAGGCUCCUUUUGGAUACAGCGAUCCCAGGACAAUGAUGGCGAGUCUGUUGACGGGUUGAGACAGGCCGUGUGGUGGGCAUGGCUCCGGCAGGACAUUUGGGCGGCCUUCCGGGCAGGGCGACCAACCCUCACCUUCUGGCGUGCUCGUAAAGGGCUCGAGGAGCUUGAUUCGGGUGAGCUGGCAACAAGAAUAGUCUACAUUUGUGGUAAGUGCGUAGCAUAUGCCGCUUCGAGUGAGACGUCAAAUCAGGAUCCAAGACACAGAAUUGAGCAGGGCGAUCGGCUGCUCUGCGCUCUCGACGAUUGGUAUCGUGUCCUCCCGGCCUCUUACCAGCCGGUCACCGUCGCCAUGGAUCCUCCUUCGAAUACUACUGUGUUCCCUCCUGUAUGGAUUCACCCACCUAGCCACGCAGGCGCUAUGCAGAUGUACAAUUUUGCCAGAGCCACGGUGCUGCUGAACCAACCCACGAUGGGUGGACUAAACGCCUACUGCCUCCGCGACAAGCAGCUUAGUGAGUGUGUCAAGAUGGUCUGCGGCAUUGCCAAUGCCUGUCAGGAACAUGAAUUCGCAAUGGCAUUUGUUAACGUACAGGCUUUGUUUGGAGUUGGCCAGUUCGUUCGGUCGCCUGAGAGGCGGGGUGAGCUGCUCCAUAUUUUGGAAAAGAUGCUGAGGAUUAGCAAAUUUCCCGCCAGGGGCCUUGUUGCUGAACUUAGGAAAGUGUGGCAGGAGUGA